AUGUCGAGCUACCUACGAAGAGGCCUCAUCAGUGCCAUUGUGUGUCCCAUGCCCAUCAUGGGAGACGCGAACCACAAGGAUAUCAUCUACUCCCUAAAGCACCGGGUCCCUAAACUCCUGCGUCUCGGAACGCCCGAUGCGCCCCAGGCAAUUGUCCUGGUCACGGCCCACUGGACCACCUCGACACCCAUCAUAACGUCUUCGCAGAAGCCUGGCCUCUACUACGACUACUACGGUUUCCCCAAAGAGACGUACUCCCUCAAGUACGACGCGCCUGGCUCGCCUAGCAUUGCGGAAAAAGUCAAGGCCGCCAUGGAGAAGCAGGGCUUGGAGCCCGUUCUCGACGCCAAGCGCGACUGGGACCACGGCGUCUUCGUGCCCAUGACCCUCGUUAACCCCAAGGCCGACAUCCCCAUUGUCCAGGUAUCCGUGCUCAAGUCCGAGGACCCCGCGCAGCACUUUGCCAUGGGCCGCGCCCUCGAGACUCUGCGCGACGAAAACAUCGCCAUCAUCGGCUCCGGCUUCGCCUCCAUGCAUAACCUGGCCAAGAUGGGCGAGCUCAUGAUGGGCCGCCAGCUCGGCGGCGCCACGCCCAUGCGGAAGCGCUCCGACGAGUGGAACACCGCGCUGACCGAGGCCGUGAGCAAAGAAUCGGCCGGGGAGAGGGCGGCCGCCCUUGCUGGCUGGAGACAGCUGCCCCACGCGGACGAGAUGCACCCCAAGAGGGGCGGGGAACACUUCCUCCCGCUGCUCGUGUGUGCUGCGGCUGGCGGCGAGGAAAAGACGGGGAACUACAAGGAUGAUUUUAUUGGCAUUGAUGUGUUUACCUACUAUUGGGGAAACCAGAUUGACCUUUAA